GAUACUCCAAAGGAAAUGAAGCAAGCUCUGAAACAAUUUGGUUUCCAAAGUUUUAGACCAGGACAGGAGAAUGCCAUGAAAAGAAUUCUAUGUGGUCUAUCAACGCUUGUAGUCUUAUCUACAGGAGAGGGGAAAAGUUUAUGUUAUCAACUACCAGCUUAUGUUUAUGGUGAAAAUUCAUCAUGUUUAACACUUGUUGUAUCACCAUUAGUGUCUUUAAUGGAAGAUCAGGUAACUGGUCUGCCACCUGGUGUAAAAGGAGCUUGUUUACAUGCCAAUAUGUCCAAAGUACAGAAAGAAAAUGUUUUCAAAUCAAUAUCAGAAGGCAAUGUACAUUUUUUGCUGGUGUCUCCUGAAGCUGUUGUUGGUGGUGCCUGGUCGACUAUUGGUUCUUUUCCUGGUCCAGACAAAUUACCUCCGAUAGCCUUUGUCUGUAUUGAUGAAGCUCAUUGUCUAUCAGAGUGGUCUCAUAAUUUCAGACCAUCAUAUCUACGUUUAUGUAAGAUAUUAAGAGAAGUAUAUGGCGUCAAAUGUUUCCUGGGUUUAACAGCAACUGCUACUAAAUCAACAGCUUUAGAUGUAGCUAAGCAUCUGGGUAUUGAAGAUGAUGAAGAUGCUAUCAUACGUGGUUCUCCUGUUCCUAAGAAUCUUCUGCUGUCAGUUUCUAGAGAUAAUGAUAAAGAUGAGGUAUGUGAUCGCUUUUCAUCCUGUCAAUCUAUUAUUAUAUACUGUACUAGAAGAGAACAAGCUAAUCGUGUAGCAACCUAUAUUAGGACCUGUUUACAGAAACCUGAAGACUCUCAACCUUCCAUAACACCAGGAAAAAAAGGAAAAAAGAAAAGCCCUGUAUGGUCAGCAGAAUGUUACCAUGCUGGGUUAACUGCAGCUCAGAGGAAAAGAGUCCAAAAGAAUUUUAUGAGUGGUAAAUUACGUGUUGUUGUAGCAACUGUAGCCUUUGGUAUGGGUUUAGAUAAAUCUGAUGUUCGAGCUGUCAUACAUUAUAAUAUGCCUAAAAGUUUUGAAAGUUAUGUUCAAGAAAUUGGAAGAGCAGGUCGAGAUCGUCAACUGUCACAUUGUCAUCUAUUUUUAGAUCCAGAGGUGAGUUGA